CCCGGCGAUGGCCGAUUAAAGUAUCCCAUGUGUUCCAUAUGCGAGGAACCCACGCGGGCAGAGAAUGGGGAAAGGCGAUCGCGAUGGCGUCGGUUGUGGCGGCUGGUCUUGGCAGAAUUUAGAUCCUUCUUCUCUCCGCGCGGCGCUCCUCGGGUAUGAUCUUUAGGGUUCUUCCUUGGGUCUCGGCAGCAUUCCCUCGAUCUCUGCUGUGAUCCACCCCAAGUGGCCGGGCGGGCAAUAUUUCGAUGGGCUACGAUGUAGAUUCUUGCGCCAGAAGCCGAUCGGCAUCGAUCUUUGCAUCGUCCGAGCUCGCAUUCAUCACGCUGAGCGGGGCCGACGAUCCGUCGUGGCGAUGCUUCCUCCCCGGCCGCGAUUGCGAUCCGCUGCAAUGCUUCCUGCCAUCGCCAUUCUCCGCGUCAUCGCUAUCGUCCCUGCUUCCAUCCAUGCCCGCCAGCUCCGCCAGCUCCGCCAGCUACUGCCUGGCAUCGGUGUCCAUAGCGGAAUCCGGCAAGCGCCAGCUCUCGAGCAGGGCGAAUUCCAGCGCGUGGUCAUCGGCAUUGGGGUUUGCUAUCCACGGUAGCAGCAAGCUUGGCAGGAGGAUCAACGCUCAUCAAGCGCAGGAAAGAUCUCUGGAAAAAUCUCUGGAAUACUUGGAGCACAGCGCGGAUGAAUCCAUCUCCAUCGCCACCACCACCCAGCGGCAAGAGAAGAGAAGUUCCAGCAGCGAUUACUCCCAGUCUUUGAAGGCCGGGUCUUUGAAGACGUCCAAACAUCUCUUGGCCGGAGCCUUGUCAGCGUGUAUCUCCAGAACUCUCGUGGCGCCACUUGAGAGGCUAAAGCUCGAGUACAUCGUACGUGGAGCCACGUCUGAUGCGAUGGAUGUGGUGAGGACGAUUCUUGCGUCGGAGGGAGUCCAAGGCUUCUGGAAGGGCAACCUCGUCAACCUCAUCCGGACAGCGCCCUUCAAGUCCAUCAACUUCUAUGCGUACGACACGAUUCGCAAGAGAAUCACGACCGUGACUGGGAGAAAAGACGUGACGCCACUUGAGAAGUUGGCGGCUGGGGCCGCUGCCGGGGUCUUUGCCACCAUAGUCUGCUUCCCAAUGGACACUAUUCGAACAAGACUUGUUGCUCAGGGAGGCGACGCACUAGGAGGGAUCUCCGGCUGCUUCCGCCACAUAAUCACCAGCCAAGGCUUCACUUCCCUCUACGCUGGGAUUGUGCCGGCGAUCGUGAGCAUGGCCCCGGCUGGUGCGGUGUUCUACGGUGUCUACGACAUCCUCAAGACAAACUAUCUUGCGUCUCCUGCUGGCCAGGAAGAGCAGCGAAGGAGGAUGAGUGGCAGCAAAGGGAGUGACCAGAUGGAGCUCGGGCCUUUGAGAACGCUGCUCUACGGUGCCAUCGCUGGUGCUUGUGCCGAGACGGUGACCUAUCCCCUGGAAGUCGUGAGGAGGCAUCUCCAGUUGCAAAGCGCAGCGAGCAGGCUCGGUUUGAUGCCAACGAUCCAGGGGCUGGUGAAUCGGGGUGGUGUUGGAGCUCUCUACGCUGGAAUAUUUCCCAGCACACUCCAGGUUCUUCCGUCGGCGGCCUUGAGCUACUUCGUCUACGAGUGGAUGAAGGUGACGAUGAAAGUUUCGUGAGACACAUUCUUCUGUCGCGUCGUGGUUGUGGAAGUGUGUAUAUAUACCACGGACGAUGAUUGUUUCGCGAUUGAUCUUUGAAAAUCCUGACGUUUGAUUCAUCGUCGCUGUUCCAGGGAUCUAUCUCUAAGGAAGAACUUGUGAUGAGUUCCUGGCAUUGUGAUUGAAAGAACGAUGAAACAAAGAAAAUUUUACGCUA